AUGAAUGCUCCUAUAUUUUAUAGCAAAAAUAUAAGUAGCUACUUUUCAUUGUUUAAAUAUGAUGUCAUCCGAUUAUAUAGUAAUAAUAUUGAAAAAAUAGUUUCACAAGAAAAGAAUAAAAAACAAAAAAAAAAAAAUUUCAAUUAUGUCCCCGAUUUUGUUCUUAAUGAAAAUCAAAAGGAUAAGGAAAAAUAUAAUUUUGAAAUUUUGAUGAAAAAUAUUAAAAUCAAAGCAGAAGAAUAUAAUUUAAUUAAAAUCAAAGAAAUACAAAACAAGAUUUUAAUUCACCUGAACAAAUUCAAUAUUAAUGAAGUUGUUGCUACUCUUAUUCUUUGUUAUAAAUAUAAUUUAUUAAAUCAACUUAUCUUAACAAAUAUAAUAGAUAUUAUAUUCAAUCAUUCAGGUUUCUUAAAUAGUAAACAUGUACUUAUAUUAUUAUUAAUAACCAAAAAUUUAUAUUUUAAAAAAUAUGAUAAUUAUUUCUAUUCAAUACAACAUGAACAAAAAAUGCCAAAAAAUGACCUGAACAAGUCAGGUGAAAAAGAGGAACAUGUUAUAAUAAAUAGGAAAUGGAAAAAUAAAUUUUUUAACAAUGUUAUACAAAAUAUGUUAUUAGAUGAAUAUAUAAAUGAUAAUAAAGAAGAAAUGAAGGAGGAUAAUUCAAAUGAAUAUAAUAAGAAUAAUAAAAAUGAUAAUAUAUAUAAUAUAUGUAAUAUAUAUAAUACAUAUAAUACAUAUAAU